AUGGAAAAGAAUUCUGUAAAUUUAAGUGAUCAACAAUUAAUAGAUCAAAUUCUUGAAGUUAACAAUGAUAUUAAUAAUAACUCUUACGAUAUCGAAUCUGAAUCAUAUUAUGAAUAUUUACUUCAGAGCUUAUUAAAAAAAUAUUCAAUAUUAUCUUUAGCAACAAAAGAUAAAUUUUCAUACUCAAACCAAGAUCACAUCAAAAACGAAUUGGUUCAACAUAAAUAUGAAAAAAUUUUAAAAGACUUUUCAUUGUUACUCGGAAAAAUCAGAUCGAAUAACUUUUAUUUCGAUUAUCAGAAAAAAAAUCAAUCUAAUUCACUUUUUAAAUUAUUAUAUCAUCUAAAAAAACUUAAUAAUGAUUCAUAUGACUUCGAUAAAGCAAAAAAAGAAUUUGAUCAAAUAGAGUCACCUACACUUUUUGAAUUAACUGAAGGAUUUAAAAAUGUUGUAGAAGCUAAUAAAGAUUUGACAAUUUAUUAUAGAUAUACUAGUAAUGGUUGUAUUACCAAUUGUUUAUCUUUAGAAAAAUUCAGUUUAUCCAAGGAAACUACUUUGGAAUUAUUAUUAUUAUCUUAUGGGUUUGCUAAAUGGUUUUAA